AUGCUAUUAAUUAUAUUAAUUGCACUAAGUUGUAUAGUAGCGAGAGAUGCUGAUUUGAUUGAAAUUGAGAUAGCAUAAUUGGAACAUUUAAUAUAAUUGCAUACUGAGAAACUACAUUACUUAAAGGAAUUGAGAGAAAUUUCAAUAGCCAAUUAAUAAAACAUUCCUUCAAUCGAUUAAUAAGUACUCUAAGAGAUUGUAUAAAAGAAACCUUACAAGACUUAGAGUGGUGAGAAGCAAAAUUUAAAUAAGGAGAGAUCAUUCACAAAUAGAAUGCUCAAGAAAUAUUAAUUUAAUAUUACCAAUUCCAUUUUGGAUGCAUCAUUGAUUCAAACUUUUUAAUACAAAUCACCCACCACUGACAAUUCCUUUACUUAAAUGCUAUAUGUUGUAACAAACACUUAAGAAAUUGAGAUUUACGAUCUAUCCAAUACUAUGAUAGUAAAUACCUAAUUGGACUUCUAACCUUAAUAUGUAUCAAUAAGUAAUCGUGCAGAUGAUCCCAUAUUAGCAUUGGCAAGUACUCAUUAAGCUUACAUUAUUCUAGAUAAAGAUGGACAAUUUGCGCUAUAUAAAUUAGAGAAUUCCAGAGUACCUAUUGAAACUCAAGAUUCACAAAAGGCCAAAACCAAAGUAGUGAUUCAAUUGAAUAAAGAAUUCGAAUUGAACAUUGAGAACCAAUAAAUCACAUCUAUGAUAUAUGCAAUCGUGAAAGGAACUAAAUAUAUCCUUUUUGGUUCAAGCAACGGAAGUGUCUAUGUGUACAAUCGAAAUGGUACAUUAAUAGGGGAGAGGAAUUUUAAUACUCCCAUUUUACAAGUAGUUAAAUCAUAUCCAAAUAUGUUAUAUUUGACAUCAACAGGAUUUGGAUACAUUAAUCCUACCAACUUAGAAAUAGUGUAACCCAUUUGUGAUAAUUUGCCAUUUUAAAUAGUUCAUUUGACACUUGAUAUUUAACAAACCAAUAUUGUUUAUGCUCUAUCUGAUUUAGGUGAAGUAUAUGUUUUCGAAAUCAAACAAAAUGAGCAAUGCAAAAUGAAAUUGAAAUUAGUGAACAAUCAAUAACCAUAAUUCCCAUUGAGCAAUCCCAAAUUACUUAGUCUAAGACAUUAUCUAAUUGUUUAUGAUUAGGAAAACAGGGAAUCUCUAUUAUAUAAUACUACUGAUAUCUUGACUGAAGUUGAUUAUGAUCAACCGUUUAAUCUUGAAUUCUUUAAGUAAAUCAAAGGUCAAUAAGUUGUAUUGUAGUCUAUUAAGGGAAAUGGUGCCUCUCAUUAUCUAUUGACUAGAGAAGUAUAGAAUGAUCACGAAUUGAUCAGUUAUUAUGAGAUAACUAUGCCCUAGAAGAAGGAUACCGACAUCUUCUCAAAUUUUAGAUUCCCAAUAAUCAUUAUUGCAAUUGUCAUUGUGCUCUUGUAUUAAUUCUGGUUCAAAGGGAAGAAGUAAGAAAAGAAAGAAAAAGGAUCUAAAAAGAAAUUAAGAAGCGAAGAUGAAGAAAUUGAAUAAAUUUUGAAUCAACAAAAGAAACCUUUUUCAGGUCCUGGUGGAUCUGUUUCCACAAUAAAUAAUAGAUCUCCAACUAGAUCAGAAAUACAGAAUGGAUAAAAGCAAGUCAGAUUUGAUGAAAAUCUCAAAAGAGCUGAUAAAUUUAAGGAGCAACUUGAUAAUUUAGAUCAAAAAACAAAAUUACUUAAUGAGAGAGUAGGAGUUACAAAUAAUAUUGAAGCCCAGAGACAAAAGUUGGCAUAACAAGCAUUACUGUAGAAAAAUAAAUAUGUAUGA